GCUUGCCUUUAGACAGAGGGGGAGCGUUUGCAAGGAAGGAGGGUCCUUGUAUGGGGAGAGCAGUGAGGAAAGGGAAGGGCCAUUGUAAAACAAGAAUAAUAACAACAAUAUUUGGUUAAUAAUUAUAUAUAUUGUUAUUGAUUUAUCAAGGAGGAGAGGAGGAGGUUCUUUGCCUUGGGGAGGGGGAAGGAGCCAGGCAGUGGGGGUUCCCCCCUUUUCCUAUUAGUCCUGUUCACCCCCUUUCCCCCCUAUUAGUCCUGUUCACCCCCUUUUUUCUGGGUGUUGAUCAGCAAUAGAAACCAGCUGUCUUUUUUUAGGACUCUUCUCUCUCUCUCCCCUUUCCAAGACCCCUCCCAAGAAUAAACACAAUUUAUUAAUAAUAUUAUUAUUAAUCAAUAUUAUUAAUAUUGAUAUAACGAACUGGUCGCCAGCUCUUUCAUUGCCCACCCCAAGUGCCCCCCUCUGUCUCUGUGUGCCAAGGAAUGCUUGGUCCAGCUCAGCCUGGCCCCCCCAAUAGUCUGCCCCCCAUCAUCACCAUCCUCUUCCUCUCCUCUUCUUCCUCCUUUUCCUGAGCCAACAGGAUGAGCAUGGCCAACGACACAUACAUCUUCAUAAAAGACAUAAAGCCUGGACUGAAAAAUUUAAAUGUCAUCUUUAUUGUGCUGGAGAUAGGGCGAGUUACCAAAACCAAAGAUGGGCACGAGGUGAGAUCCUGCAAAGUAGCAGACAAGACAGGCAGCAUCACCAUCUCAGUAUGGGACGAACUUGGCAGCCUCAUCCAGCCGGGCGAUAUUAUCCGAUUGACUAAAGGGUAUGCAUCUCUGUGGAAAGGAUGCCUUACGCUUUACACUGGAAGGGGCGGCGACCUUCAAAAAAUUGGGGAGUUCUGCAUGGUGUACUCGGAAGUGCCCAACUUCAGUGAGCCCAAUGCAGAUCACCUUGGGCAGCCUACCAAAGCGGCACAGGGUGAGCAGAGUAAUAAUUCCCUUCCAUCAGCUAAUGUGGGUACUUGUACUUUUGGGCCAGCUGGCAAUGGUUUGCCCACAGGACCUGAGCUGGGUGGCGUGUCAACCACUUAUAACCAUGCCCCCUCCUAUGCAGGUACUGGGAGGGCCAGUGGACGAGGUGCCCCCACUCCUUCAGUGCCGCCUAACAAUACUCGUUCCCUUCAAAGCACCAUAAGUAAUGGGAGGGACCCCCGCAGAGCUUCGAAAAGAUGACCAAGCCAAAAUUCCACACUCUCUGCCUAAACUCUUUAAUGCCCUACUUGAAAACACUUCCUGCACUUUUAUUUGUGGUUAACUGUGAAAAAGGUUUGUCCUUCCCCUUGUUCAUAAGCCUUCUGUUUGUCUGGAGAGAGGGAUUUUUUCUCUCUCUUCCCCACGUCACAGCUGAAAAUCCAGUGGAAGUGAAACUGCUGAUACUGUGUUGCCCCAGGAAGAAAACAUCUUUAAACAGCGGCAUGGUUGAUUUUUUUUUAAAUAUUAGACCAUGAUUCCCAAAAUACACCGAGGCAUUCUGGGUUGCUUAUUUUUAUUCUGGUCUGGUUUGAACAACACAGCCUUAAGAUGUUUAAUAGCUCCUCUCCUCCCUGUGUCGGACUUUUAUCAUGGUCAGUGGGAGCUUGUGCAUAAAACAUGGGGAGGAACCUCAAAUCUAAAAAGUGUCCAUUAAAAUGACAUGGUGUUAAGUGUAAACUGUCUGAUGCUGUCACAGAAAUGCUGUCUGGUUUCUUUCUUUCAUUUUUCCUGUUGGCUAAUUCAUUUAGAGAGUCAGAUUUCUCUUGUGACCCUGUUUAUAUAUUUAAAGUCCCUGCAGUAGUACAUACAUGGACUGCAUGCCCCAGCCAUCUUUCCUAGAUGAGAAUGCUGGGAGUUGCAGUUCAGCAACUUGUUCUAUCUCUAUAUAAACAGUGCUGCAACAUUUCAGACUUAAAUCUCUGUAAAAUAAUACCUUUCAUGUUUGUAAUAGACCUCCAUGGAAAUUGAAAGGUACUGUAGAUGCAGUAGUAUUGUCCUGGGGCUCUUUCACACUGUACCAUUGUAGCACUCUUGAUUCUACUUUAAUUGCCAUGGUUCCAUUCUGUGAAAUCCUGAAACUGGCAAUUCAGGGAGGGACCUUUGCAGUAUUCAGGCAGAGACCUCCACUGGUGCCUCUGACCAAACUGCAAAGCCCACGGUUUUAUAAGGUAGAGCCGUAUCCGUUAAAGUGAUAUAAUUAUGCGGUGUGAAAGUGUUCCUAGUCUUCAAAACAUCCAGCAGCAUGUACCUACUUGAAAGAUGUGCAGUCCAGAAGAAUAUCUACUGCUUGACUCUGCAGUAAUGUAUAAAAAGACCAUUUUCUAUGUGUCGCUUACUUCAAAAAGGUAAAGAUACAGUUUCAUGUUUUGUUUUUGUGGAAUGGGGGCAAUAAAGCACAGAAGUGUAGCCUGCCAGACAAAACCAGCUUGAAUGAUUCUUACUUGCUAGUUUUUUGUUUGGUAGUAUUUUUUUUUAUCCACCCUCUAAUGUAGAACCUUCAGCAUCAUGUCCAGGAGACACUUCACUGCUUGAUUGUCCUGAUGUCAUAAACUGGCUCAAACGUGUGUCAGAGAGCUGCAAACAAAGUGUGUCUCUCUAUGUGAGAAUAUUCACUGUUGAUGCCCCCUUUUCUUGAGGAGACCCUCUAUCUGAAUUCUCAAGUACACUCUUUUGCCCAUGAUUGGCUUUGGAGCUACUCUUCUUGAUUUGUAGAAAGUCAGCCUCACACCUGUUCAUGCAAAUAGUUUUCAAGCUAUUGUGUUUGAAUAAGAGAAGGUGUAUUCUGUUGGUCCUGGCCCUCAAGUAAAAGGGGUGCAUUUAAAUAUUCUUGGUGUCCUUUACCACCAGGCCAUGAGAACAUGUUGACUAAUUCCUUCGUGGGGACACCUUCAGGUUUGGAAUGGAUUUAAAUGCUGUUGAACGACUGUUUCCCCCCACCCUUGAAUUUUUGAAGUGGACCUCAAAUAAAAGUUGCACUAGCCAUGUGAAGGGGGGGGAGCACCCUAA